UUGGAUCUAGAUCAUGUGGUCUUAAUUGGUGGUUGUAUAAUUUACACACGAAGCUAGAUUGCAUAUGAUACGUUGCCUUAGUGCAAUGAUAACCAUCAUCGGGAGUGAUAGUUUGGAAAACCGCCGUACUCACUGCAUAGAGUUGUACACACAUAACUACAAACUCACAAGCUCAGCUGCCGGACCGUAUCGCCGCCGGCGGCCCUGCUGGCCGUGCGAGCGACCUAGAAUAGCCAAGCUCUGACCGCUGAGAGACCGAGGCAUGGAGGACGCUCCCGUGACCGCAGCCACGGGGGCCCUGGGGCCUGUGGUAGCCAAGCUGAGAGCUUUGCUGCAGCAGCGUGGUGACCAUGAGUACCGGCUUCGGCGUCGAACUCGGAAGGACGUGAGGGUCAUCAAAUCCAAGCUCAAGUCCAUCCACUCAAUUCUUUGGGUGACAUGGGAGAGUGUGGAUCACGAUGUGGAAGGCAAGGAGCUGAGGAAGGAAGCAUGGCGUCUCGCCGACGACAUGAACGACGCCAUCGACGACUUCAUCCUCAGUUUGAAGCGCAGCAACGACGGCAAGCGCUUUAUGCAAGCCAAGAUCCAGCCGAGUCCUUUCCAGGACCUCAAGACAAGGGCCGAUGAUGUGUCCGAGCGGUGCCGCAACAAGUGGAAGAUGCACUCCGCCCAGACCAGCACCAUCCCGAGCUUAUUUUCAAGAAGAAAAACCACCGUCGUCGACUCUGGUCCUGCCGAGCGGCACGCUCGAGUCGUUGAUCCCUAUGUCCACAAGGACAUCUCAGAGCUCGUGGACAUGGAAAACCCGAGGGAUAAGCUCAUAGAUCACCUGGUAGGAGAAGAGAAGAACACACCGCAGCUCAAAAUGGCAUCCAUCCUUGGAUUUCCCGGAGUGGGUAAAACAACACUUGCUCGCCUUGUGUAUGAAGCGAUUAAAGAUAAGUUCCAAGCCCGGGCUUUUGUGUCGAUCACUUCAUGUCAGAAUAUGAUGGAGGUUCUAGCCAGCAUUCUACAACAAGUGACAUCUGAAAGCACUGAUGUGCUACUUGCUGGCACCAAAGCAGCGACCAAGAAUGAACAUCUCAUCGACAUCAUAUCGAGUUUCCUCAAGGAUAAAAGGUACCUGGUUAUAAUUGAUGAUAUCUGGCAUAGCGGAGAAUGGGAAACCAUCAAGAAGUCUCUUCCAGAUAACGAUCUGGGCAGUAGAAUUGUGACGACGAGUCGUGUUAAUGCUAUAACCGACAAGUGGCGUGAUGAUUUUGAUGCCUUGGUCUACCAAAUUGAUGGGUUAUGGAGAGCACCCUUCCAUUAUCAAAUGAUUGAUAUGUACGCUGGCAUGGUUGGAGAAGAUUUUGGCCGUUACCACCCUAUUGUGACCAUGUGUCGUGGUAUGCCAUUAGCAUUUGCUUGUAUGUUUUCAGCAUUGACAAAGGAACGAGAGCGUCAAGAACAACAAAGGCUGUGUAUAGAGACACGUGAUUUGCAAGGCAGGAUUGAGGAACAAGUUACGAGAAAUGGGAUUCAGAACACUCCAGGGUUUGAACCAUUGGUAGAGAGUUUCGAUCUUGGCUAUAAGGAUCUUCCUCAUCAUAUGCUGAAGACUUGCUUGUUGUACUGCAGUAUAUACCCUGAGGACCCGAUCGCGAAAAAAAGAAUAUACCCUGAGGAUCAUGGUUUUAUCAGGGACGAUUUGGUAAGGCGAUGGAUCGAGCAAGGUUUUGUUUGCAAGGAAGAGGUAGCAAAAGACUACUUUGAUGAGCUUGUCAGCAGGGGAUUCUUUAUAGGUCGCUCCCUCUCCCUGCACCCCAUGAUGCGAAAUUACCUUAGAUGCAAGUUGCGUGAACACAAGUUCAUCACUUGCACUUCUGACAUUCCGUGCUCUCCGGUCAGUCGGCUAUGUAUUGACCACUCGCCAGCAAGCAGUGAUCCAGUGGAUCCCUUGUCGGGAAUUGAUGAUUGGCAUCAUGUCCGGUCCCUUGUCGUUUUAGAAGAUGCUGAGAAGAUCCCUUACAAGCAUUUGCAACAGCUGCGAGUGUUGGACGCUCGAAACAACAGUGGGGUUCUCGAGAAUCAACAUCUGAAGGAUAUGUGUGGGCUGCACCGUCUCAGGCACCUGCUAGUGUCUGGUGGAGAGGGGAUUACUGAGAUCCCAACAGAGGUAGCCAGGCUGCAGUAUUUGGAGACUUUGGAAGUGUCUCGAACAAAGAUCAUAAGAUUACCUGCUGAGAUUGGUGACCUAAAGCAAUUGAAGACUGUGGACGUGAGUUGGAACAAAGAGCUCACAGAGCUGCCUAGGGAGAUGGGGAACCUGAAGCAUAUAUUAGAGACUCUGUGCAUCGGUGGAUCAAACAUCAGAGAGCAGGCCUGGGAGAUCAUCAGGACACUGAAGAAACUCAAGACUCUGGACGUGAGUUAUAACCGUGAGCUCUCAGGGAUACCUAGGGACAUUGGUGAACUGCAGCAGUUGAAGAAUCUGGACGUGAGUUGGAACUUAGGGAUCACAGAGCUGCCCAAGGAGAUUGGGAAACUGCAGCACUUGGAGAAGCUUAACCUGAGUGGAACAAGCAUCACAGAGGUGCCCCGUGAGAUCGGGAACCUCCAGCGGUUGGAGGCUCUGCGUUUGAGACGAGUUGAAACAAUCACAAAGCUGCCUCGGGAUAUUGGGAAACUGCAGCAUUUAGAGGCUUUAGAUUUGGAGUAUACUAAUGUGAGGAAGAUACCAAGGGAAAUUGGGGGACUGAAGAAACUGAAGACUCUAUACACAAGAGUCGGCACACUACCCUUUGAAGCUGGUCAGCUUUCAAAAUUGGAGAGAUUGCCUAGUUGCGUCCGCCAAGCUUGGAAGAAUAGUGAUCUGGUGUCAACACUGGCAGGGGAGAUCCUAUCGUUCAACUUAACAUAUGGGAUUGGCAAUGGCGGACUAAUCGUCAGCACCAAGCACAUGCACAUUCCGCAGUGGAUCAAAGAGCACUUCAACAAUAUUGUCACCUUGGACAUCAGGAUCUGCAAGCUAGAGGAGCAGGAUCUAGAGAUUCUGCGGGAGAUGCCCUACCUGGUGUUUCUGGACCUAAGGUUCGAAGGUGUCCUCAGAAAGCCUGCAGUCAUUAGCAGUGGAGGCUUCGCAAAGCUCGAGUUCCUCACUAUUGACAGCCGAGUGCCACGGAUUACCUUCCAGGAAGGAGCUAUGCCAAGCCUGGACUGGCUUGGGUUCGAGUUCCAGUUCUACGGUGGCCCACCAAAUACAGACCCACCUAUGGGUAUCAAGCACCUCGUGAGCCUUCGACAUGUCCAGUUCCAAUGCAGUGAAUGGUAUCGAGGAGACAGCCCGUGCAUCAGCGCCAUCAUCGACGUCGUGAGAAAAGAAGCCAGGGAGCAUCCCAACAGGGUUAGUCUUGAUGUGUUGUUGUUAGUCGAGGGCGAGGAGGCGACGCUGAUUUUCGAGAUGCCAGAAACUGCAGAGAGUUCUGAAGGUAGCAAUGAGGCUAGCAGCAGUGGGGCGAAUGAGAUCGAGGAGAUUCAAGCUUAAUUCAUCACAUCUUGCCUCAGUAUUGCACUGCCCGAAUAUACAAGGUCAUUGAUCAUUAGUACAAGCUGAAUCUUCGACUAUACAGACAGGUGUUUCAGACUUCCACGUUAACUUGCUUGCUGCAGAUUUCCCAUCCCAAAUGCAUCCACAUCAUCACUAUUCACAAAACAAGAUGAUGGGGAACCUCAUUCUUCAUAUUCAGGAAGAUGUAUCCUAAGCUUUUCUAUGCCGUGUGCUAAUAUUUUAUUACAACCAGUUUAUUGUCUGCUUGCUUGUCUACAAAAUGGAACAUAUUGCGUGUGUUUUAUUGGAGUGGUUUGCUAAACCUAUGUUGUUCACUCAGUUCUGAGUCAUCAACUUGUUGUAAUAAAGAUUUGUAUGAACUC